UUUUUCCACCUUCUUGCUCUCUCUCUUUCUUCGGAUAUUUUCUCUCUCUUUCUCUCUCCUCUUCCUCCACAAGAUUGCCAAUGGUAGGUGAUUACAGAGGGAGCUUUAGCCGGAGCUCCGAUGAUUCCGAUUCCGACGGUGCUUCUUCCGUGGAGGAAGAGACGACCUCUUCCAUGUAUUCUGCGGGAAAAGAGUAUAUGCCUAUAGAAUGGACUGAUGAGAAGCAUAGCUUGUAUCUUAAAUCCAUGGAAGCUUCAUUUGUACAUCAGCUUUAUAAGUCUCUCGGUUCGCUGGGUUCGAAUUCGAACAAGGAGACUGUACCGGAUGUUCAGUUCAGUAGCGGUAGGAAACCUUCUGAUGAACAGUUCAAGGUUCUUCGUGAUGGUUUCUGGCAGAAGAUGAAUGUGAAACAACCUGAACAUCGCAUCAAUGGAAGACACGGUGGUGGUGGUGGUGGUUCUCACGAGUUUCUUAGAAGUCCAUGGAUCAAGCACUAUAAACCUUUACCCAAGACUCAAAGUCCUGUAACGGAUGAGCUCGAGAACCAAGUGGUGAGCUCAAAUGAGAAGAAAGGAAUAGUCAUAUGCAGCUCUGGCUCAGCCUCGAGUCUCAAGCAGAUCUUACGGGAAGGCUGCUCUCAUUCGCGUGACCGGGAUCAAAUCAGCAUUGGAGAAGAGGUAUCUGACCAGAACUUUGUUAACGAAGUAACAAAUGGCGAAAACGGAAGCUCCAAGAAGAUGAAGACGGUGAUGAGUGAAUCGUCGAGUACUGAUCAGGUCGUUCCAAUCAGAAAAACUUCUGCAAACAUGACAUUAAAUUGAAGUCUGUUUCUGGAGAGAUCGUUCAAGGCUGGUUAUGGGAGGAGAAUUUUGUAUUGUAUAUUGAAUAACUAUAAAAAAGUCAACUUGGUUUAGUUACAUGUGUUUUCAUCAUAUAUUCCUAACUAUAAAUAUUGAUAUGCUCAUGUGAGUGGAUUCAUAUGUAAUGUGAACCUUAAAUUUGCA